AUGUCGAACUCAGUCAUACAAUUGCGAGCUUCCGAUAAAUUUAAUAGAGAUGGUUAUUCAAAAUGGAAAUCAAACAUCAAUACGAUAUUAGUUGUAGACGAUGUGAGGUUUAUGUUGAUAGAGGAAUGUUCUCCGGUUCCUAGUUCAACAGCCACCCGAAAUGUUUUGGACAUCUAUGAUAGGUGGGUGAGGGCUAAUGGGAAAGCUCGGGCCUAUAUCUUAGCGAGUAUAUCUGAUGUACUCAAUAAGAAGUAUGAGGUCAUGGGCACCGCCCGUGAGACAAUGGUAUCAUUACAGGAGAUGUAUGGGCAACCGUCAUUCUCUGUUAGACAUGAAGUCAUUACGUAUAUCUGUGUUAUGCGCAUGAAAGAUGGAACCAGCGUAAGAGAACAUGCUCUCGAUAUGAUGGUUCAUUUUAAUGUUGCGAAGGCUCACGAGGGGCGAUGA